AUGGAGGAGUGGAGGCAAUGCGGUCGCUGGCUCAUCGAUUGCAAGGUGCUGCCCCCGAACCAUCGCGUCGUGUGGCCCACAGCGGCAGUUUUUGACCUGGCUCAAGCCCUAAGGGACGGGGUGCUGCUGUGCCAAAUGCUGCACAAUCUGUCCCCAGGAUCCGUGGAUCUUAAGGAGAUAAACUUCAGACCUCAGAUGUCCCAGGUAAGGCGCUGGUUCUUUGGGAUGUGUGUGAUGGAGGUUGGAAGGGUGCAGACUGCUGGUGGGUGUGUUGCUGUUGUGAGGUUUUGA